ACCACACUAUUGACCUUGACCCGUGACAAACGUGGUCGGUUUUAUUUUUUUUUUCUUUUGUGUAACGUUUGGUGAAGCUUAAGGAAUUUUAACUACAAUACAAUCAUGGGGAUCUUGGACAAAAUUGCUGAGAUUGAAUCCGAGAUGGCUAGAACCCAACGAAAUAAGGCAACCAUGGGUCAUCUUGGUCUAUUAAAGGCCAGAUUAGCAAAGCUUCGCCGUGAAUUAAUUGAACCUAAAGGUGGUGGCGGUGGCGCAGCAGGGGAAGGCUUUGAUGUUGCCAAGACAGGAGACGCUAGAAUCGGAUUUGUUGGCUUUCCUUCUGUGGGAAAAUCAACUCUCUUAACAAAUUUAGCUGGCGUCUAUUCCGAAGUUGCAGCCUAUGAAUUCACGACUCUGACAACUGUUCCUGGUGUUAUUCGUUAUAAAGGAGCCAGAGUCCAACUUCUCGAUCUUCCUGGUAUUAUAGAGGGCGCUAAAGACGGUAAAGGAAGAGGAAAACAAGUUAUAGCUGUGGCAAGAACAUGCAGUCUCAUAUUCAUCGUUCUUGAUGUCCUCAAACCGCUGCAGCAUAAACGCCUCAUUGAAUAUGAAUUGGAGGGUUUCGGUAUCCGACUUAAUAAGAAACCUCCAAACAUAUACUUUAAAAGAAAGGACAAAGGUGGAGUAAACUUGACAUCGACUGUAGGACAAUCAGAAUUGGAUUUGGACACCGUGAAAUCGAUAUUAGGGGAAUACCGUAUACAUAAUGCGGACGUUACACUUCGCUAUGACGCCUCUGUUGAAGAUUUGGUUGACGUUAUUGAAGGAAAUAGAAUAUAUAUACCAUGUGUCUAUGUUCUGAACAAAAUUGAUCAAAUUUCAAUUGAGGAACUAGAUAUCAUUAGUAAAGUUCCUCAUUGCGUUCCUAUUUCGGCUCAUCAUAAAUGGAAUUUCGAUGAUUUAUUAGAAAAAAUGUGGGAGUACCUUAGCUUAACUAGGAUUUAUACCAAGCCAAAAGGACAAUUACCUGAUUACAAAAGUCCAGUUGUAUUAAGAUUAGAGCAGACAACUGUAGAAGACUUUUGCAAUAAAUUGCACAGGAGCAUUAUGAAAGAGUUCAAGUACGCUCUUGUAUGGGGCUCAUCUGUAAAGCAUCAACCUCAAAAAGUUGGUAAAGACCACGUCUUAGAGGAUGAAGAUGUCGUACAGAUUGUUAAAAAGGCUACCAACAGCGGAAAAACGACAUUGUGUAACCGUCUAACAGAACACUUUGGUCACAAAUCCACUACUUUGUCUAUGGAUGAUUUUUAUUUAGAUAAUCAUGACUGCAGACUUGAUCGAGUUCCUGAAUUAAAUUGUUAUAAUUGGGAGAAUAUGAAUUCUGUUGAUAUAUCUGCUAUGACUGAAAAACUAACAGAAUAUGUGAGUCUAUAUGAAAAUUCUUCAGAUGUUAACAUUAUAUUUGUAGAGGGUAUUUUGGUUUUUAAUUACGAACCUUUGUUGACGUUCUUCAACAAAAAGUAUUUUCUACUAAUUGAUAAAGAUGAAUGCCGUCGCAGAAGAUCAACAAGAAUUUACGAUCCUCCCGACGUUCCAGGAUACUUUGAUUUGGUUGUAUGGCCAGAAUAUUUAAAUAUAAAAAAUUAUGUGGAAAAUGUACCCGAAGUCAAUUUCAUAGACGGAACAAACAACGCUAAAUCGCUUUUCCAAAAGGUGGCUCAAGAUAUUCAGAUGCUUAUUGAUAAAUGUAAAUGA